ACAGUUUUCACUUUUAAGAUAUCCACUGCCUCUCUAGAGAUCAUUCAUAUUCAUCGGUUGAUAGGCAUCUAUUUUUCAAUAUGGCGGUCGAACGUUGUCGUUCUCACAUCUGCGCUUUGAGAACAUGGCAAGCAGUGAGCAAAGGCUCAGAGAAAAUUGCGCCGGUGGGUCGAAGGGAACUGCAUCUAAACAAGAGAAACGCGAAAACACGUUGACGAACGGCGGCAAAGGUUCCGGAGACGACGCCGAUAGUUUGGAAGAAUUACCUCUCGAUAUCGGGGAACAUUAUUUGGUGCGCAGAUCCGAUGAUUCUUGGCACCCAGCUGAGAUAAUACAGACUCGUUACAACGAGGCUGAUAGUCAUUAUGAGUAUUAUGUACAUUACGAGGGUCACAAUAGGAGAUUGGAUGAGUGGGUGCCGAGGGACCGAAUUAUGUCUAGCAGGUUUGACAUGUCUGAUCGAAAUUGGAAAAACAGUGACAGAAACCCAUCGGGUGACUUGCUCGCCGAUUCUUCUGAUAGAAAGAUAACAAGGAAUCAGAAAAGACGGCAUGAUGAAAUUAAUCACAUACAAAAAACAUAUGCCGAAAUGGAUCCAACCACUGCUGCAUUGGAGAAAGAACACGAAGCUAUUACAAAAGUCAAAUAUAUCGAUAGAAUACAGAUAGGGCGGUAUGAAAUAGACACUUGGUAUUUCAGUCCAUACCCAGAAGAAUAUGGCAAGCAACCUAAACUUUGGAUUUGCGAAUACUGCCUAAAGUACAUGCGCCUUGAGAAAACAUACCGAUACCACAUGAGUGAAUGUACUCAUAGGCAACCAGUUGGCAAAGAGAUAUAUCGUAAAGGAACUUUGAGUAUCUGGGAAGUGGAUGGGCGAGAACAUAAGAUAUAUUGUCAAAAUUUAUGUCUGUUGGCUAAAUUAUUUCUGGAUCAUAAAACACUCUAUUUUGAUGUCGAACCGUUUCUGUUUUAUAUCUUAUGUGAAGUGGAUAAACACGGUGCCCAUCUUGUGGGAUAUUUUUCAAAGGAAAAGGAAUCGCCCGAUGGCAAUAAUGUUGCUUGCAUUUUAACGUUGCCACCUUUCCAAAGACAGGGUUAUGGAAAAUUACUUAUUGCCUUUAGUUACGAGUUAAGUAGAAUCGAACAAACUGUAGGAAGCCCAGAAAAACCAUUGAGUGAUUUGGGUAAAUUAUCCUACCGGAGCUAUUGGAGUUGGAUACUCCUUGAAAUAUUAAGAGAUUUCCGAGGGACACUCAGCAUCAAAGAUCUUAGUCAAAUGACCAGUAUUUCUCAGACAGACAUCAUAUCGACACUACAAAGUAUGAAUAUGGUGAAGUAUUGGAAAGGUCAGCACGUUAUCUGUGUUACUCCAAAGCUAGUCGAAGAACACAUAAAAAGCAGUCAGUUCAAAAGACCACGACUUACGGUUGACAGUAGUGCUCUCAGGUGGGGAGCACCUCCCCGGAAAAAUGUAAAACCAGGAAAGAAAUGAGACAAGCUACAUUGUAGGAGUACCUACAGUUCCCUCCAGAAAAGAUGGACCAGUCAUCCAGAAUCGAUUGGCUGCAUCGAGAGUCGUGAACAGAAUUCUUUGCGAUGAUAUCCAGAAUUCUCAACCAUCUGUAACGCGCAGCGCCCUGAAUUGCUGACAGAGAUUUUGCAACUGCUAUUGUGUAAAUGCACAUGUAGUUGGUAUGGUUGUAUUUAAGACAUGAUCUCCGAGGUUUGUUACGUAUUUGCUGUUACAUUACAGUACCACCUGAGAAUCCUUGAUCCUUGUGGAUCAAAUAAGGAUAUUUGUAUCAGGAGUAACAGUGACAUUAAUAACAGUAUCGCUUAGCAAUUAUACAAGCUGAUCGAUUUUAUGCCCUAUAGCUUCAACUGAAGCAACCACAAGCUGUCAUACAAAGAGAAGUAACAGAAUUGAUCUAAUAAAUUCUUUUUCUCACAACAAUCUCAUUAAAUUGUAAAUAUAUUGACUCAUUACAGUUGUAAUUUGCUGUUACUGUCUUGAGACGACCAUUCCUUGAUUACAAUUUAUUGGAUGAUUUAAGUAUUUCUUUUGCCCAAUAAACAGUAUACUUGGCAGUA